AUGGCAUCACUUAAAUCAUUUAUUAAAAGUGUCAGGAAAGCCAAAACCAUUGCUGAUGAAAGAUCAGUCGUGCAAAAGGAAUCGGCAGCAAUCAGAACAUCAUUCAGAGACCCUGGUCUUGAUCAAACCACUAGACGUAUCAACAUUUCCAAACUUUUAUACUUGUAUAUAAUGGGGGAGAAAACACAUUUUGGUCAAGUUGAAUGUCUCAAAUUAUUAGCAUCACCAAGAUUUGCUGAUAAAAGAUUAGGUUAUUUGGCGUGUAUGUUAAUUUUGGAUGAAAAUCAAGAAGUUUUAACUUUAUUGACCAAUUCAUUAGAUAAUGACAUGCAACAUCCUAAUUCUUUUAUAGUUGGAUUAGCUCUUUGUUGUCUUGGUAAUAUUGCUUCACCAGAAUUGGCUAGAGAUUUAUAUACCAAUGUUGAAACCAUUAUUGAUUCGAAAAAUGUUUAUUUAAAAAAGAAAGCUUGUAUAGUGGCCGCUAAAUUAAUUGAAAAGGAACCCGAAUUGGCGGAAUUUUUCAUUACUAAAAUCAAUUCAUUAAUUAAUGAAAAACAACCAAGUUUAUUAUUGGGUACCAUUAGAUUAAUUCAAGCGUUAUAUUUUGCGUCAGAAGAAUCUCGAUCAACUUUAAUUAAAACCAUUCCUAAAUUAGUUGCUGAUUUGAAAAGAACAACUACAAGUGGAUAUCAACCAGAUUAUGAUGUCACGGGGACUACCGAUCCAUUUUUACAAGUUCUGUUAUUGGAAACAUUAAGAAUAUUAGGGCGUGAUGAACAAUGUCCACCCCAAUAUUUGGAACAAAUAAAUGAUAUAUUAACUCAAGUGGCAUCUAAUUUAGAUAGUGGGAAAAAUGCUGCUCAUGCCAUUUUAUAUGAAUGUGUGAAAACUAUAUUUGCCAUUCAAUCAGAUCAAUCUUUAAAAAUAUUGGGGGUUAAUAUUUUGGGGAAAUUUUUAUCGACAAAAGAUAAUAAUACUAGAUAUGUUGCCUUAGAUACUUUAUUGACGGUGGUUACCAUUGAACCAAUGGCAGUACAAAGACAUCGAUCAACCAUUGUUAAUUGUUUAUCCGAUGGUGAUAUUUCUAUUCGAAGAAGAGCUUUAGAAUUAUCAUUUGGUAUUCUUAAUGAACAAAAUAUUCGAGUAUUAGCAAGAGAAAUUUUGACCUUUUUGGAAAAAUGUCAUGAUCAAGAAUUAAAAUCUUAUGUUACUUCUCAAUUAACUAUUGCUGCUAACAAAUAUGCUCCUAAUGAUAAAUGGCAUUUUGAUACUUUAAUUAGAAUGUUAAAAGUUGGUGGUAAUGCCUUAACCCCAGAUAUAAUUUCCAAUAUUCUUGCCCUUAUUUUACAAUGUAAUGAUUUGGAAUUGAAAAAACAUGUUGCAUCUAAAUUAGUGGCUUCAUGUUUAGAAACUACAAACCAAUAUGGAUUAGCAUUAAUUACAAGUUGGACCAUGGGAGAAUAUGGUGAUUUAAUUUUAGGUACCAAUGUUGAAGUUAAUGGUAAAACUAUUAUUAUAACUGAACAAAAAUUAAGUCAACUUAUUGAUGAUUUAAUUAAUAAUACCAAUUUUUCUGAAUCAGAAACAAUUCAAUUAACUUCAUAUAUUUUAACUUCAAUUAUUAAAUUAUCAAUUAAAUUUAAAGAUAAUCAAGUGAUUGAAACUUUACGAUUAAUAUUAAAUUCAAAAACUCAUGAUCCUAAUUUGGAAAUUCAAACUAGAGCAGUUGAAUAUCAACAAAUUUUUGGUCAAGAUAGUACUUUGAAAAGAGGUUUAUUAGCUCGUAUGCCAGCACCACCAGUGAAACAACGUGAAGCAUUGACAUUACAUAAAUCUGCCAAUACUACCACCACCAAUACCCAUAAAUCAUUGAAGAAAUCUACCAAUGAAACUAGUGGUGGUGGUAGUGGCAGUGAUAAUUUAUUACUUGAUCUAAUGGAUGAUAUUGUAUCACCAGCAACCAAUCAACAACAACUGUCACAACAAGGAGAUGUUAUUUCAGAUAUAUUUGGUGGUGGCGGUGGUAGUGGUAAUGACACAAACAAAUCAACAAUUAAUAAUGCCGCAAUUUUGGAUCUUUUUAAUAGUAGUAGUAACUCGAUAAAUCCCGCGGUUAGUUCUGUGUCAGAAAUUCCUGCAUUUGAAAAUAAUGAUGUGAAAAUUUCAUUUAUACCAAAAUCAUUCCCACAAAAUGGUGAAGCUACCAUUGAAGCAAUAAUUCGAUCUAAAAUCAAUGAUAGUAAUAUUAAUCAAUUUCAAUUAUUAAUUGCCGUACCAAAAUCUCAAAAAUUAACCAUUACUUCAACUUCAGGAGGUGAUUCAUUAAUUGGUAGUAGUAACCCUAAUGAAUCAAUUAGACAAAUUUUAAAAAUUGUUGGUAAACAAGGUGCAAAAAUUAAAUUGAGAGUUAAAGUGAAAUAUAAUAUUAAUAAUUCUAACUCUGUUGAAGAACAAUUUGAUUUUGCUGGAUUUAAAAGUAAUUUAUAA